AUGACUGUCACGCGCUCCCAAACGGGGAAGACCCCCAAGAAAAUGGAGCGCCCUGGCUUCGUCGAGACCCCUCACCGUCGAGUCACUCGCAGCAGCGCAUUGGCAUCAGAUACAAAUACGGAUGAUGCAUCCGACUCGGCGAUGGAGGCCCGAGGAAGAUCUAAGGCCGCGACUCGCAGGCGCACCUCAGUCAGGGAGACAAGUACCAACCCCGACGACGAGGCCGAGGCCAUUGCGACGAAUGGACACGUCCACUCUUCUCAGAAAAAGCCCCGGAUAGUUGACGGAUGGGAAGAGGGAAAGGAUCCCAAAAUCGACUAUAGCGGGCAUUUUGAGUUUGGAGGCUCCUUUGGCGUGCUUUCCAUGAUGAUUGGAUUCCCGUUGCUGAUGUACUACAUGUGGAUUGGAGCCACCUAUUACGAUGGCAAGUUCCCCCGUCCUUCUGCUGGACAGAGCACGUGGGACUUUAUAGCGCACUUGGGCCACUUGGUGUAUGAGGGAGCGUUUCCAUCGCUCAAGGCAUGGACGAUUUAUUGGGUCUUCUUUAUCUUCGAGGGGGCGUGCUACUUGCUGCUUCCUGGCGUUACGGUUAUGGGCCGUCCUCUCCCAUACCUCGGGGGAAAGCAAUUGCCGUAUUACUGCUCUGCCGUAUGGUCCUUUUACACCAGCAUUGUACUGGCUUUGCUCCUCCAUGUUACCGGUAUUUUCAAGCUCUACACUAUUAUUGACGAGUUCGGCCCUCUCCUGAGUGUCGCUAUUCUCUCCGGAUUUCUGGUUUCUUUUGCUGCCUACUUCUCGGCCUUGGCUCGUGGCGCAGAGCAUCGUAUGACUGGGUAUCCCAUCUAUGACUUUUUCAUGGGCGCUGAACUGAACCCCCGGAUGUUCGGCAUUCUGGAUUUCAAGAUGUUUUUCGAAGUCCGCCUACCUUGGUACAUUCUUCUGUUUGUUACCAUGGGUGCUGCGGCCCGACAGUACGAAAUCUAUGGAUAUGUUUCCGGCGAGGUUGGGUUCCUCUUGCUGGCGCAUUUUCUUUAUGCCAAUGCCUGCUCUAAGGGUGAAGAGUGCAUCGUGUCAACUUGGGACAUGUACUAUGAAAAAUGGGGCUUCAUGUUGAUCUUCUGGAAUCUUGCCGGUGUCCCUCUUAGUUACUGCCACUGCACGAUAUACCUUGCAAACCAUGACCCGGCCACCUAUUACUGGAACCGCUACUUCUUGGUGGCCCUCUACGUCGCGUAUCUCUUCGUGUACUGGGUUUGGGAUACAACCAACAGCCAGAAGAAUCGUUUCCGCCAGCAGGAGCGUGGCACUAUGGUAUCCCGGAAUACAUUCCCCCAGUUGCCAUGGCAGACGGUGGAAAACCCCAAGACGAUCACUGCUGCGGACGGCUCGAAGAUCCUGGUCGACGGCUGGUACGGGAAGGCUCGGAAGAUUCACUACACUUGUGAUCUCUUCUUUGCCUUGAACUGGGGCCUUAUCACCGGGUUUAAUAGCCCAUUCCCUUGGUUCUAUCCGGUCUUCUUUGCUUGCAUGAUUAGCCACCGUGCCAUGCGUGAUAUCCAGCGUUGCCGGAACAAGUACGGUGAAGCAUGGACGCAGUAUGAGAAACAAGUCCCCUACUUGUUUAUUCCCGAAUUUGGCUUUGAGAAACCUCCGAACUAUCUCUUGUCGCUCCCCACGUGUAAUGGUCGGAUCGGUGCAACGGGUAUGUGCCUCGGUGGACAUCUGGCGUAUCGCUGUGCGUUGGACAGCCGAGUGAAGGCAGCGGUGUGUUACUUUGCUACCGACAUCCAUAGCAAGACCUUGGCGGAGGGCAAAAAUGACGAUAGCUUGGCGAGGGCCAGCGAUAUCAAGGGAGAACUACUGAUGAUCUUCGGAAAGAACGACAAUCAUGUCCCACCCGAGGGAAGGGAUUUGAUCCGGAAGACGCUCCACGGCAAGGGAGUGUUAUUUAGUUUUUACGAGGUGGCUUGGGCGCAGCAUGCGUUUAUCCGCGAUGAGCUCAGCAAGGGACGAUAUGACCCCGCCAUUAGCAAGGUGUGCUUCGAGAUGCUGGUGGAACUGUUUGGACGAACCUUAAAGCUGGACUUGGGGGAGCAUGAUGGGAAGAAAUUGGAGAUAGAGGAUGUGUGCUGA